UUUAUCCCCACGGCAGAGAUACCGAUGGCUCGACGGACAUUCUUUUCUCUCUCUCUCAGUGGCCUCUUGAUCAUCAGCUACUACUUGCAAGGUGCCAAGGCCGCCAACUGCCGCGAAGGCUGGCUACAGUACCAACAGUAUUGCUUUGUGGUCAUUCCGACGAAGAUGCCAUGGCCAGAAGCCGAGGCAGAGUGCCAGAAUUACGGCCGGGGAUCCCAUCUUGCCUCCUUCGAUUCGGAGCUGCAGAUGAACGUGGUGGGGAAGCACAUCCUCGCUGAGUAUCCCGACACGGAUGACCUGUGGAUUGGGAUGGAGGACUCCCGGAAGACCAGGAGAUUCGCUUGGAAUGAUGGGUCUCCAGUUCGUUUCACUUCCUGGUGCGCCGGAGAGCCAAACAAUCAGGGGGGAAAUGAAUACUGCGUCCACACGAAAGCUUCGAGCGGGUUUACCAAAUGGAUGGACGGCAACUGCAAAAUUGAAAAAAGCGCCCUUUGCAAAGCUCGCCUGCGGUAACAGCAACGGCUCCUCAUCCAGCAAAACGGAGGCCCAUGUGGAAGGAAGAUCAGGGUUCUCAUCAAGUAGCAGAUACGCAUGGGGCGUGGAGGCUGUUUUCUCAAAUAAACAUUUCCUGUUCCAAAAGAGAGAGAGAGAAAGAGAGAGAGAAAGAUAUUAUAUGUGGUUUUGUUUUGUUUUUAA